CAAGGACACGUGGCGGCCUAGGGUUUCCCCUGCUCUUUGCCGAUCUUUCCAUAUCUUCCAGACCGUUUCCAUCUCUCUCUCUCUCUCUCGGAAAGGAAAAGUGCAUAUUCGAAAACCUCCGUCGAAGAAUCCUCCCAUCCCCAUCAAAUUGAAGAAAACGCUCAAAUGGGAAUCAUCUCCAUGGUUCUAGUUCUACUGUCUGUUGUUCUUUACUUCGGAGUGGGGCGUAGCCCAGUGACCAGAGAAAAGUGGGCAAGGGCGCUGGAAGAAUGAUGGCAGAGACGCCGGAGAAGCGUUUCGAUCACGAUAAUGACCGCGAUGAUCAUCGCCAAUGGAGGAGGAGGAGAUCGUCAAUAGCAUCCUCGAGCGGCAGUUCUGGCGACGAUGAGGUCUCCGUCGAUCUUGAAUUGGGAAUUGAAGGCGAACACGGUGAUGCCGGUGAUCACGCCGUCGAAUGUCAACCUCCUCCCUCCAUCGGAGGUUCUUUCGCUGGUACUUCACACUCACAAGCAGGGUUAGUUGACCAGAAUCUGUUCUGGCUGAACAUUCUAGAUGUGGAAAAAUCAACCGCAGAUUCAUCAAAUCAGCUCAAUAAACCCAUGGGACGUGGAGAGAAACUUUGGAUAAUGGCAAGAAAAGUGUUUGAUUACAAAUUUCCUUCCAGAAAGAAGCUUACUAAACUUAUGGGACGUGGACAGAAAUUCUGGAUAAUGGCAAGAAAAUUGAUUGAUGACAAAGCAUCUCCCAACAAGAAGCUCAAGUUGCUAAAGCAAUUUGCAUCAGUGAAGGACGAUGGAACUGUGCAGCUUGAAGUUCCAGUAGAUAUUAAACCCAAAGACUUGGAUUUUGUAAAUAAAGUUAGCUGUAAUGGGGUCAGUGCUGACGAGUCUGUCGAUGCAACAGAUAAUCAAAGCCCAGCACCUCUGCAGAUUGUUAUGCUUAUUGUUGGAACACAGGGGGAUGUACAGCCAUUUGUUGCCAUUGGAAAAUAUUUACAGGAAUAUGGCCAUAGGGUGAGACUAGCAACUCACUUAAAUUUCAAGGAGUUUGUGUUAGCUGCUGGUUUGGAAUUUUUCCCUCUUGGUGGAGAUCCGAAAGUUCUUGCUGGUUACAUGGUAAAAAAUAAAGGGUUCUUUCCAUCAGAAGCUUCAGAAAUACAUAUUCAGCGACAUCAGAUAAAGGACAUCAUAUUCUCCUUACUUCCGGCUUGCACAGACCCUGAUCCACGGACUAAAGUUCCAUUUAAAGUAGAUGCAAUCAUUGCCAAUCCCCCUGCCUAUGGACACACACAUGUUGCAGAGGCACUAAAAGUACCACUUCAUUUAUUUUUCACAAUGCCGUGGACGCCUACCAGCAAAUUUCCCCAUCCUCUUUCUCGUGUUAAACAUCAAGUGGGAUAUAGAAUAUCAUAUUAUAUAGUUGACACGUUGAUUUGGCUUGGAAUACGGGACAUCAUAAAUGAGUUCAGGAAGAAAAAACUGAACCUAAGACCUGUGACAUAUUUAAGCAGAUCUAAUGUUAUUCCCUUGGAUGUGCCUUAUGGAUAUAUUUGGAGUCCUCGUCUUGUUCCUAAACCGGAAGAUUGGGGACGCAAUAUUGAUGUGGUUGGGUUUUGUUUCCUAGACCUUGCCUCAAAUUAUGUGCCCCCAGACUCACUUGUGAAAUGGAUUAAAGGUGGUAGAAAGCCUAUCUAUAUUGGCUUUGGCAGCCUUCCUAUUCUGGAACCUGACAAAAUGACCCAGACAAUUGCCAAAGCUCUUGAAAUAACCGGUCGAAGGGGCAUCAUUAGCAAAGGCUGGGGUGGCCUGGGGAACUUGGCAGAACCAAAAGAUUUUAUAUACUUGGUGGAUAAUUGCCCUCAUGACUGGUUAUUCUUUCAAUGUGCAGCUGUGGUGCACCAUGGAGGUGCAGGAACAACUGCUGCUGGUCUUAGAGCUGGGUGCCCAACUACUGUUGUUCCUUUCUUUGGAGACCAACCAUUUUGGGGAGAGCAGGUUCGUGCCAAAGGAAUAGGUCCUCCACCCAUUCCGAUUCAGGAGUUAUCACUUGACAAAUUAAUUAAUGCAAUAAAUUUCAUGGAAGAUCCUAAGGUAAAGAAAGCAGCUGAAGAACUAGCCGAAGCACUAAAAGAUGAGGAUGGGGUGACUGGUGCAGUAAAAGCUUUCCACAAACAUUUUAUCCGCCAGAAGUAUAACCGUGGCCCUAAUCGUGCUGGUUUUCGUCAUUUGUGUCAAUCUAGGCCAUUUUCUGGAAGUCGAUGUUCGGGUUGCUUUUAGUGUUAAGAGGAUGCAAUCUGGACAUGUUCUCAGCACUGCCUCCCUUGAACCAAAAGUGGAAGUUGUCAAACCCUAGCAUUAGCAUGUCAAGAGUACUGCAGGGGAAUGUUGUUUAGGUUCCUUUUUGUUUGUUCUAUGGAGUUGUCUUGUUUUGUACCUACUGCACUCAGGUUGUUAUGCAAAAAUAGUAAUUGUGUGAAACCAAUAAUGUUUUUAAAAUUUGUAUGUUUUUAUGUUUUGUUCUUUUUUGAGUUUUUCACUUUUUUGGAA